AUGUUCUUAAAUGGUUGCAACAAAUCGGUGCGUAAUUUUCCUCGAUAUGCACUUGCGGAAAGGCGAUCAGUUGCAUUUUUGUUAAUCAGUUGCAAAAGAUUUUGGAGGAGUUGGAGUCAAUCAUUUAAUAAUUUUGCUCAAUUUGCUGCAGCAAAAGAAAAACGAACAGCAAAUGCAUACUCCAUUUCAGCAUGGGUUACAAAUUCUUUUGGUGAAGAUAUGACACUUGCUAAGGUGCAAAUUCCUGAAAUCCAAAGACCGAACCAACUUCUUAUCAAAGUCAAGGCAUCAAGUAUUAAUCCAAUUGAUGUGUUGAUGCAGAAGGGUUAUGGUGACGGAAUUCUUACAUGCUUAAAACAAAUAGAUGCAAGAGCGUUAACUCCUCUUUCAAGAUUGCCUCUAAUAACUGGUCGUGAUUGCAGUGGUAUUGUUGAAUAUGUUGGCGGUGGUGUUACUAAAUUUAAGAAAGGUGACGAGAUAAUGGCAGUGAUUAAUCCAAGUCAGUCGGGUGCUCAUGCUGAAUACGCACUAGUCAACGAAUGUUUCUGCGUGCACAAACCAAAAAACAUUUCAUUUGUUGAUGCUGCAUCUUUACCAUAUGUCGCAUGUACAGCUUGGUCUGCUCUAGUCACAUUUGGCAGGAUAAAUUCAUCUAAUGCUCACAAAAAUAAUGUUCUGAUUCAUGGUGGCGCUGGAGGUGUUGGUAGUACUGCGGUGCAAUUCUUGAAGGCAUGGAAUGCUAAUAAAAUUGUUGUAACCUGUUCAAAAAAUGCUUUCGAGCUUGUGGAGAGUCUUGGGGCCUUGCCAAUCGACUAUGAAAGUGAAACAGUUAAAGAUGAUUUGGUAAACGAAGGUCCCUUCGAUUUGGUGUUGGACUGUGUUCAUUCGCCAUUAUGUGAAUGGAGCGAUAGAGUUUUGGGCAUUUGGCGUAAUUCUGUGCAUAUUUCCAUUGUUACACCAAUCGUCAAUGACUUAGACCAGCAUGGUGUGCCAUUCGGUUUUGCAUCAACAGCGAUGAAGACUUUUUAUCGUGCUAUAGGGAUGAAAGCAAUUAUCGAUAAAAUUUAUUCGUUUGAUGAGAUGCCUCUCGCGUUUAACAGAUUAGCUGAAGGUCACAUAAAAGGCAAAGUGGUUAUUGAUUUCGAUAGGAAAACGAUCCAGGAUAUUCCAAAGAAAGAUGAGAAUUGUGAUCAGUUACUUUUGAAUAACUAG